CUCAGAGACCUUAUCGCGUCAUCCGCGCAGUUUCCAACUCAGCGGAGCAGGGACGACCGGCAGCCCACGGGUGGACACUAAACUUUGAAGCGGGAUGACGUCCGAGCGAUGAACACAAGGACAUUCCCCACUGAUGGCAGUGAUGGAGAACACAACAUGGCCAUACCCUGCAUACGUCCCCCAUUAUCUCCUGCGUGGUGACCCCUUUGCUUCGAGGCUUUCCAGAGAGGCGGACAUUAUUGCGGCUUUUUACAUCUGCAUCAUAGGAAUCCUGUCUGCGACAGGAAAUGGCUACGUCAUUUUUAUGACCAUCAAACGCAAGACCAAGCUGAAGCCUCCUGAACUCAUGAUCGUCAACCUUGCCAUUUUUGAUUUUGGCAUAUCAGUGACAGGAAAGCCGUUUUUUGUGGUCUCCAGUUUCUCCCACCGCUGGCUGUUCGGCUGGGAGGGCUGUCAGUUCUACGGCUGGGCAGGCUUCUUCUUUGGCUGUGGGAGCCUCAUCACCAUGACAGUGGUCAGCCUGGACCGCUACCUGAAGAUCUGCCACAUCAGAUACGGCACGUGGUUAAAACGCCACCACACCUUCAUAUGCUUGGCCUUUGUCUGGGUGUAUGCGGCCUUCUGGGCCACCAUGCCGCUGGUUGGCUGGGGCCACUACGCCCCGGAGCCGUUUGGGACCUCAUGCACCCUGGACUGGUGGCUCGCUCAGGCCUCUGUGUCGGGCCAAAGCUUUGUGUUGGCCAUCCUCUUCUUCUGCCUCGUCCUCCCAGCGGGCAUCAUCGUCUUCUCCUACGUCAGGAUCAUUUUUAAAGUGAAGUCGUCGUCGAAGGAAAUCUCGCACUAUGACGCCCGCAUACGAAACAACAACAACCUGGAGAUGAAGCUCACAAAGGUAGCGAUGCUGAUCUGCGCCGGCUUCCUGAUCGCCUGGAUUCCGUACGCCGUGGUCUCUGUGGUGUCGGCGUUCGGCGAGCCGGACUCCAUCCCCAUCCCCGUGUCCGUCAUCCCCACAUUGCUAGCCAAGUCGUCUGCGAUGUACAAUCCAAUCAUCUACCAGCUGGUGGAUCUGAAAAACUCCUGCUCCAACUGCUGCAUCAAGGUCAUGAAGAAACGGAACCAUUUUAGGAAGUCGAGGUUCUACACGAUCUCCGGCUCAAUAAAGGACAGCAGACCAGCCAAAGACGCUCACAUCGAGAUGUGAAGCAAACUGUUGAGACUGCUGACCUUUCGUCUCUUCUACCGUGGACAUUCUGCCUCCAGCCGUGCCGUCUCUCUGCCCAGCAGCUAACUAAUCACACGCUGCCCGCCUGCCAGCCUGCCAGCCUGCCAGUCUGCCAUGAGGUCAUCACCUGCUCACCUGCGUUGCUGGUUCCUCCGUACUGCAGCUCCUCACCUCCACUGGAUCUCCACCUCUCUGGUCGCUUCCCAUCUGCACAUGAUUCUAUCUCUGUUGUGAACACUGGUCUCUAAGUACAGAUAAAAUGUUGUGUGGACUUGUUGAUUUUUCCAUCUCCAUUAUUCAAGAGUUCUCAAAAAAAAAAAAAAGAAAACAAUUUAAUUGAAAACUAAUUGACUCAGGUUUCCAAGUCAAGAUGGAGCUUAAGCUAUAAAUGUUUUUGUUUAAAAUAUGGUGACAAUUCUCUAAAUUUGGUUUGUUAAACAUUUUUAUCUGAACUCGAAAUUACAACUUCAAAAAAAAACAGAUUCAUGUUGAUGUUCUCUGCUGUUUGUACAGGUUGUUGGUGUUUGUACUUUUACACUCGUGUUGUAUAUGAAAAACAAUUUGUAAGUAUCUGGAUAAAGCACUGGAUCAGAUUAUCUCACCCGGUUAACGGCAGAAACACAGAGAUAGAGAGAAAAAGAGAGAGAGAGAGAGAGAGAGACGAAAGUCAAACCAGGAAAAGUUGAGCAAUUGUUUCCAUCGAAAGUCAGUACUGUGAGGUAAAUGAAAACACACACACACACACACACACACACACACACACACACACACACACCCCCACACACACACACACACACAGGAUGAGUGCACUUUACUUUCCAAGCCAUUCAGAACGCACUGACGCCAGAUGUUGCAAUAGUUUUACGUCUGAUUGAUUGUUGCAAAAUUGGGUUGAAUUAAUUUAAAGAAAAAUACGUUCAUUUCAACAAGUACCUGCAUUUCUAGAAAUAGAGUUAUAGUGAAUUCAGGGAUGACUAAAUUAUAUUUAUUUUUGCUAUAUAUUCUCUUUUUUUUUG